UCAGUCUGAUGGGAUUUUAUUCCAGCUCUUGUGAUGAUAGUGUGUGUUUACAGAUGGCCUACCGGACAAGUUUUCAAUGAAUAUUCUGGGUCUUUACAACCAAAUGGCCAAAUUUACGGCAAUCAUGGAUAUAAUUCGUUUGUUAUGGAUAAUACGGAUUGUGUGGGCUGUUGAAGAUGUGUUGAUGGACUCCACGACGGCGACUGCAGAGCUGGGCUGGACGAUAUAUCCAUCACUCGGGUGGGAGGAAGUAAGUGGCUAUGACGAAAACAUGAACACCAUCCGAACCUACCAGGUGUGCAACGUCUUCGGUGCCAACCAGAACAACUGGGUGCGCACCAAAUACAUCCGGCGGCGAGGAGCCCAGCGGAUCCACGUGGAGAUGAAGUUUUCGGUGCGAGACUGCAGCAGCAUCCCCAACGUCCCUGGUUCCUGUAAGGAGACCUUUAACCUGUACUACUUUGAGUCUGACUCUGACGUAGCCACAAAGGUGUACCCGGCCUGGAUGGAGAACCCUUGGAUCAAGGUGGACACUAUUGCGGCCGACGAGAGUUUCUCUCAGGUGGACCUGGGUGGGCGCCUAAUGAAGAUCAACAGGGAAAUACGCAGCUUUGGGCCGGUGUCCCGUAAUGGCUUCUACUUGGCUUUUCAGGAUUAUGGAGGUUGCAUGUCGCUCAUCGCCGUGAAGGUUUUCUAUCGCAAGUGCCCCCGAAUUAUACGCAACGGGGCUGUCUUUCAGGAGACCUUAUCGGGGGCGGAGAGCACCUCUUUGGUGUCCGCCAGAGGCACUUGUAUACCUAAUGGAGAAGAAGUAGAUGUUCCCAUUAAACUGUACUGUAAUGGAGACGGGGAGUGGUUGGUGCCCAUCGGACGCUGUGUGUGCAGGGCAGGGUACGAGGCUGUGGAUAAUGGGACUGUGUGUAAAGCAUGUCCUUUUGGAUUCUUCAAAGCAUCUCAAGGGGACCAAGAAUGUCUCCAGUGUCCAAUCAACAGUCGAACCACCAAUGAGGGCGCCACCAGCUGCGUCUGUCGCAGUGGAUAUUACCGAACAGAUUCUGACCCUCUUCAGAUGCCUUGUACCACGGUGCCCUCUGCCCCCCAGAGGGUGAUCUCUAGUGUGAACGAGACAUCCCUGCGUCUGGAAUGGGAUACUCCCAGAGAGAGCGGUGGUAGGGAAGACGUGGUCUACAACAUCAUCUGCAAGAGCUGCGGCUCCGGUCGAGGAGCCUGCACUCGCUGUGGUGACAAUGUGCAGUUUUUACCCCGGCAGCUUGGCCUGACCGAGCCCUGGGUUCAUAUCAGAGACCUGCUGGCCCACACCCAGUAUACUUUUGAGAUCCAGGCUGUGAAUGGAGUCUCCGACCAGAGCCCCUCAUCUCCUCAGUUCACCUCCGUAAACAUCACAACAAAUCAGGCUGCUCCGUCUGUUGUGUCCAUCAUGCAUCAGGUCAGUCGAACUGUGGAUGGUAUCACAUUGUCUUGGUCGCAACCAGAUCAGCCCAACGGAGUCAUUUUGGACUAUGAGCUUCAAUAUUAUGAAAAGAAUACGGCCGAGUCAAACUCUUCUCUACUACGGAGUAAAACCAACACAGCAGUUAUUCAGGGUCUGAAGCAAGGGACCAUCUACGUGUUCCAGGUGCGCGCCCGUACAGUGGCUGGCUUUGGCCGCUUCAGUGGAAAGAUGUACUUCCAAACAAUGACUGAAGAGGAAUAUAACUCCAGCCUGCAGGAAAAGCUGCCUCUUAUUAUUGGCUCGGCUGCUGCUGGCGUUGUUUUUCUCAUCGCUGUGGUUGUGCUCAUUAUUGUCUGUAGUCGCAGGGGCAGUGACAGGACAGAUUCAGAAUACACAGACAAACUUCAGCAUUACACCAGCGGCCACAUGUCUCCAGGAAUGAAGAUCUACAUUGAUCCUUUUACAUACGAGGACCCCAAUGAGGCAGUGCGCGAGUUCGCCAAAGAAAUAGACGCGUCCUGUGUGAAGAUCGAGCAGGUUAUUGGAGCAGGUGAGUUUGGAGAGGUAUGUAGUGGAAGUCUCAGACUUCCUAGCAAGAGGGAGAUGCUGGUGGCUAUAAAGACUCUGAAAUCAGGCUAUACUGAGAAACAGCGACGAGACUUUCUGAGUGAAGCCAGCAUCAUGGGCCAGUUUGACCAUCCGAACAUCAUCCACCUGGAAGGAGUGGUGACCAAGAGCAUCCCGGUUAUGAUCAUUACAGAAUUCAUGGAGAAUGGAUCACUGGACUCAUUCCUUCGACAAAAUGAUGGCCAAUUCACAGUAAUUCAGUUGGUGGGCAUUUUGCGUGGCAUCGCAGCUGGCAUGAAGUAUCUCUGUGAUAUGAAUUAUGUACAUCGCGAUCUGGCUGCCCGCAACAUCCUGGUUAACAGCAAUCUAGUCUGCAAAGUAUCCGACUUCGGGCUCUCCCGCUUUCUGGAAGAUGACACGUCCGAUCCCACAUACACAAGUGCUCUGGGAGGGAAGAUUCCAAUACGAUGGACCGCUCCCGAAGCCAUCCAGUAUAGGAAGUUUACCUCCUCCAGUGAUGUGUGGAGUUACGGGAUCGUGAUGUGGGAGGUCAUGUCCUAUGGAGAGAGGCCGUAUUGGGACAUGAGCAAUCAAGAUGUCAUAAAUGCAAUCGAUCAAGACUAUAGAUUACCUUCUCCUAUGGACUGUCCCAAUGCACUGCACCAGCUAAUGCUGGACUGCUGGCAGAAGGACAGAAACAAUCGUCCAAAAUUCAGUCAGAUCGUCAACACUUUGGAUAAGAUGAUCCGUAAUCCUGGCACAUUGAAGGCCACCACCCCACUAUCCUCAGGCGUUCAUCUACCUCUGCUGGACCGCAGCACACCUGACUUCUCCAGCUUCAGCACAGUGGACGAGUGGCUGGACGCCAUCAAAAUGGGCCAAUACAAGGAGAACUUUGCCAAUGAAGAUCUCGCCACCUUUGAAGCUGUGUCUCAAAUGACCAUGGAUGAUAUCCUGAGGGUGGGAGUGACAUUAGCCGGCCACCAGAAGAAGAUCCUUAACAGCAUUCAGAUGAUGCGGGCGCAAAUGAACCAGAUCCAGUCUGUGGAGGUUUGACUCUGUGCACAUGGGACCCUUUACUUGGUUCUCAAAAAGAUAUCCAGAGCUCAGCAGUGGUCUCUUUAUCUGGGGAAGAUUAAAAACAGGUGUCCAAAUGGGAAAGCGAGGCCUUUUGCACACCAGUAAACCACCAGCACACUAUAGGCAAGCUGAAGUCUUUCCAAUGGCCAAUUAUUUCACAGCAAAAAACAAGUAUUCAUAAAUGUGUUUAUAUUUCAGUAUUAUCUGUGACUUUGCAGCAUUUUAAAUUAAACACAAGUCACAGUUCUUAUACCUAUGGAAAUGUUUGCUGAAGUAUUUUCAACGGACAACUGUUUUUAAUGGACAAUAGCAGCAUACAAAAUUUGCCAUAAACGUAAAAUGCUUUAUACAUUUAUUUAUAUACUGUAUCGCUUACUAGCCAUUUAAGAAAAUAAUCCGAUUUAUUGAGCGACCUGGCAAAAAAAUUGCACCCUCAGCAAAAACUGUAAUGACAUACAGUACUGUGCAAAAGUCUUUGAUGUUUCGGCAAAGUUUUAAUGUCCAUCCAUAUUUAUUUUUCACUCUUUUUAUUAAGAUACAAACAGACAAUACAGGAAAUAUGUACACAAAAUUAAAAACAAAAAAUUUUCAGAACUGAAUGUCUUCUUCAGGCAUCAGUCAGUAUUUAGUUUGACCUCUCUUGGCACAAAACACAUCUUGAGAUUUUUUUUGAGGAGACUGAAUUAGGAUUUAAUUUUAAUACUUGACACUUCAGCUUAUACUUUUAUACUGUUUUUUAUACUACAUAAACAUUUCCUGUAUUUUCUGGUUGUAUUCUAAUAAAGAGACUGAUAAAUAGUUAUAUAUGAUCAAUUCAAUUCAAUUUUAUUUAUAUAGCGCUUUUCACAAAAGUCAAUUGUUUCAAAGCAGCUUUACAUAAAUAGAAGCAGUGAAAAGCACAGAAAAACGACAGAUAGCACAACAAAAUACAUGAUAGCAUAAGCAGUUAAAUUUGCUGCGGCUAUGACUCAAUAUUAUAAGCGAACGUACCAUAUUAUCUAGAAGAGGAAGCUACGUAAAGCCUAAAAAGGCUGCCUCCCCGGGGUGAAAAACCCCCUAGGAUAAAAAAAACCCCGAGCUUUUAUCCGAGGAAAAAUAAGUCCUUGGAGGGAAAAACCAUUGGGAGAACGGAUAAGGAGAUUUAGCGGAGAUUAAGCGGGUUCUGCCGGUGAUCGUUGGUCAGGCAUCAGCUGGGCAUCACGUUGAAGGACGGCCAGUAGAUCAGAGGUGUGCCGACUUUCACAUCUACCGGGACUGGGUCUGUUUGUAUCGUUGUCCUCGGGGACACUAUAACAUUGCAAAAAAAAUCUAAUGGUAUCAUGGUGGCCUAAGACUUUUGCACAGUACUGUACGUACAUUACCCUAAAGAUUAUUAUGUUAAUUUUAAGUGCACCCAUUAUACUAUUAAAAGUUUGAAUAUUACAAUACAGUAUAUAAAAGAAGACUGUACAUAAUGCGGUCAGAAUAUCAUCAUGUUUGGUAUGACAAUAAUAAACAUACAGAAUACCAGGGAUGUCCAUAGGCCUACAUGUAAAUGUAGCCACUAUUGCAUAUGAUUUCAUGCAGUUGUUUCAAGUAGUUUGUUUUUCUUAUCGCUGUUUUGUGGAUUAAAUCUCUCUUUGUAAAUGGACGGGCUGCCCUAGUGACUUCAUGAACAAUAUUUUUAUUUGCCCUCUUUUUUAUAUGAUAUGGAAUCUGAACCACAUUCAUCACAUAAAUGCAACCAGGAUAAGUGUGCAUUUAAAAAAGACUGUGAACUAAUAGGGAAAAAAAGGAAAAACAGUUACGCAUGUGUAAUGAGGAAUGAUCCAUAUAAUGGAUUUUGAGCUGGCAGCUCUGAAAUAUGAAACAAAGUGACCAGUACUGGUUCAGUAUGCUUUUUUUGUAUAAAAUAUUGUCUUUUUAUGGGUUUUAUUUAUUUGUUUUAUACUUAUUAUCAUCACUUUCCAAUUUACAUGUCAAUCACCUUAACAUGUAAUGCAGUGUUGUACUACACACAGUAUGUUCUGUUCACGCAUGCAUAUCACAGUCUGCUGACAGAUUGGCCAGAUUUUACCUACUGAUAUUAGCUUCAUUCCCAAUGCUAGUAUGUGUUCUUUAGUCACUAGUAAAUAUUGCAGUUCAUUUUCAUCAUGCAGUAUGUGAUGUUUUUUUAAGUCCCCCCAUUUUCCUUUUACUUUUCCUAAUGCUAUUACUUGUAUACUUGCUUCACACACACAAAAAGGCAGCUUAUGAAACUAAAGGACAAUUUCACAUUUUAAUAUGCUUUAUAAUAGGAAUUUGUGGAUUUAAUUAUCAAUAUGUUUAAUUAAUAAUAAUACAGUUUUGUCCAUUUUAUUCGAAUUUUAGUGUUAUGGUGAAGAUAUACUGUACAGUUAACAGUAUGAGCUUGGACUUCACAGACUUCACAGUUUCCUCUAUUGGAUUUUUACAAACUGGUGUGUUUUUUUAAUCUUGACACAUUUUUACACUUUAAUGUGAAGUAUUUUACAGAAUACAUGUUUGCUUGUUUCUUCUCAGUACUUACAGUUAUUGGAGCGCAUUUUCAACCCAAAACAGAUGUUGAGUUGACACUUUAACACUGUGGCAUAGUCUCUCGCUCGCUCGCUCUCUCUCUAUCAAAGUGAAUGUGCUUCCUUUUAACUUGUCUACUGGUCUUCCACAUCUAAACACUUUUCACCUGUCUACAGAAGCUCUUGUCAGGUUAUUUUUACCUUUGGCUUUUUCUUCUCUGGUCAUAAUAGGCUAUAGGUUGCUCAUUGUCUGUAUGUGCCACUCCAUCUCUGUAUUCUGUGUUUAACUUACCCUAAACUGUGCAACUUGGGCAGUUAUUUUACUUAAAAACUUAAAAACUGAAAUUCUUAAAGUAUGAAAAUAUUUUGUAAGCAGCAUCAUUUCUUUCUUCACCUUGUAAUGAAAUUGCCCUGCAUCAAUACAGUACCAGGCACUAAUAAAGGGAAAUGACAAUACGUUAACACAAAGCAAUGUCAAUUUAAGUCCGUAGCCUGUACUUUUUUUGUUUAAAUAUGUGUCAUUACUGUAAUGUACAGAGAACUGGUAAUGAAAAGGUUGUAUGAAAAAUGUACAUAUGUUAAUAUCUAUAAAUAUAUAUAAAACUCUUGCUUUUUGUUCUUCUUAUACAUAUUUUGAACUGUACUGUGUCAAAUAAUUCUUUCUCUUUCAGUCCUUUACACUCUAAAAAAUGCUGGGUUGUUUUUAACCCAGGGCUGGGUCACUAUUGGACAGAACAC